AUGGAGCCAGUUAUGAGUUUGGCCUUGGCCGCCCAUGGGCCACCCAGCAUACUGGAGCCGUUGUUUAAAACCGUAACUACGAGCACAACCACAACAACAACAACAACGGCUGCGACAACAAGCAGCAGCAGCAGCAGCCCCACAAUUAGCCCCACAACCAGCACCACAUUGUUAACGGCCCUGUUGGAGAAUCUGACGUCAACGGCAGCGAGCGGCCUAUACGAUCCGUAUGGGAAUCAAACGAAUGGCACAUUGGGCUUUGAGACAAAGGGGCCGAGGUACUCGCUGGCCUCGAUGGUGGUUAUGGGCUUCGUAGCGGCGAUUCUGAGCGCGGUAACAGUUGCUGGCAAUGUCAUGGUCAUGAUCUCGUUCAAGAUCGAUAAACAGCUGCAGACGAUCAGCAAUUAUUUCCUCUUCUCGCUGGCAAUUGCGGAUUUUGCAAUCGGUGCCAUUUCGAUGCCACUGUUUGCGGUCACCACCAUACUGGGCUAUUGGCCGCUGGGGCCGCAUGUUUGCGACACCUGGCUGGCCCUCGACUAUUUGGCCUCGAAUGCCUCGGUGCUGAAUUUGCUGAUCAUCAGCUUCGAUCGUUAUUUUAGUGUCACACGGCCGCUCACCUAUCGCGCCAAGCGCACGACCAACAAGGCGGCCGUCAUGAUUGGCGCCGCCUGGGGCAUCAGUUUGCUCCUCUGGCCGCCCUGGAUCUACAGCUGGCCCUACAUCGAGGGCAAGCGCACUGUGCCCAAGGACGAGUGCUAUAUACAGUUCAUUGAGACGAAUCAGUAUAUUACCUUUGGCACAGCGCUUGCGGCAUUCUAUUUUCCGGUGACCAUCAUGUGUUUUCUCUACUUUCGCAUUUGGCGCGAGACGAAGAAACGCCAAAAAGAUUUGCCAAAUUUACAGGCGGGCAAAAAGGAUUCCAGCAAGCGUUCCAAUAGCAGCGAUGAAAACACCGUAGUGAAUCACACAGCUGGCGGCUUGCUGGCCUUUGCCCAGCUGGGCGGCAAUGAUCAUGACACCUGGCGACGACCGCGCUCCGAGAGCUCGGCGGAUGCGGAAAGCGUGUACAUGACCAACAUGGUCAUCGAUUCGGGCUAUCAUGGGAUGCAUUCGCGCAAGUCAAGCAUCAAGAGCACCAAUACAAUCAAAAAGCCAUAUUCAUGCUUUGGCAGCAUCAAGGAGUGGUGCAUCGCGUGGUGGCAUUCGGGCCGCGAGGACUCCGACGAUUUUGCCUACGAGCAGGAGGAGCCAUCUGAUUUAGGGUAUGCAACACCAGUAACAAUUGAAACUCCUUUACAAAGCUCCGUCUCCAGAUGCACCUCGAUGAACGUCAUGCGCGACAACUUUUCGAUGGGCGGCAGCGUGAGCGGGGUGCGGCCACCGAGCAUAAUGCUGGCGGAUGUGUCGCCGACGCCGUUGCGUCCGCCACUCAAUUCCAUUUCGCAGAUGCAAAUGCAGGAAAUGAAUGCGACCGGCAAUGGCAACAACGGCAACGUCAACAUCAAUAUCAGCAUAAACAGCGCCAACGGCAAUGGCGGUGGCGUCGGCGUCGGCGUAGGCGGCGGUGUUGCCGCUGGUAUUGUCAGCAACAAUAACAACAUGAACGGCGGUGCCAACAGCAACUCGAAUGUGAACACGCUGCGUGACUCGCGCACGCUGCCCGUGAGCAAUCGCAUCGGUUCGCGCUCGGUCAGCCAGGACUCGGUCUAUACAAUACUCAUAAGGCUGCCGCCAGAUGGCGCCAGCGGAGCGAAUGGCAGCAGCGGCACAGCGGCCGGCGGCAGCACGGUGGGCAACUCGAGCGCGCAUGGCGAUUGUGCGCCCUCCAUCAAGAUGAUACACGAGGAUGUGUCGGCGCCAAAUGCGACUAUGGGCGUGGUUACUGUGCCGCCGCCCACGCGACGUCCGCUGCCGUCGAGAGACUCGGAGUUCAGUUUGCCGCUGGGCAGGCGCAUGUCGCAUGCACCACAGGAUAUGCGUCUGCUCAAUGCGAAGGUUAUACCCAAGCAGCUGGGCAAGGCGGGCGGCCCGAAUGCGCUGCUCAAUGCGCGCAAUGCGGCCAAGAAGAAGAAAAAGUCACAGGAGAAGCGACAGGAAUCGAAGGCGGCCAAAACCCUCUCGGCCAUAUUGCUGAGCUUCAUCAUCACGUGGACACCGUACAACAUACUGGUGCUGAUCAAGCCACUGACCACCUGCUCGGACUGCAUACCCACCGAGCUGUGGGACUUCUUCUAUGCCCUGUGUUACAUUAACUCCACGAUAAAUCCCAUGUGCUACGCCCUGUGCAAUGCCUCCUUCCGUCGCACCUACAUACGCAUCCUCACCUGCAAGUGGCAAUCGCGCAAUCGCGAGGGUAUGGUCAGGGGUGUUUACAACUAGAGAUCCGGCAGCCGUUCCCAAAACCCAAACAAACACAUUCAAUUCAUAAUAGUUGCAAUAAAUGUUGUGCGCAAAAUUAAAACCAAAAAUGAAUGAAAAAUUGUUAGCAAAAGCAAAAAAACCAAAACUAGGCUUAGGUAACACUUUGACAAGCAGUACUGAUUUUUGAUGUCUAGCCCCCAAUAUAUAAAUAUAUAAAUAUAUAUAUGUGUAAUAACAAUAUCUGUGGGUUGCCCAAUAAGUUUCGCAUAUGCCAAAGAUAAUACUCGCAAAUCAAUUUCCAUUUGGACUCCAUAUUGGGAAUCUAAAUUGAACGUCAAUCAUUUAGAAAACUUUUCAGAUAUUUAAAAGCCAGAUAUUUGAGUGCCAGAGCAUGUAAACGACAUCAUUCGAAGAGUUAUAUGCAUAAAAUAUUAUUAUUAUAUUCUCAUUAAAAUAAUUCCAUAAUAACCACAAGUAAAUCUUGUGAAAAUGGCGAUUCAACCAGAGGCCUGUGCAAAUUUUGUACCUUAAAUUCUAAAGCUUAUAGAGGUCAGCAAAUAUAAUAAAAUAGUCUCAUGGUGAUUGAACCACUUUCAAAUAGCUAAAAUAGGAACACAAAAAAUCGCAAAUUGUAUCCUGCGAAUAUUAAACUCAUUAAGAAAAAAUCGAGCACUUACAGACAAAUGAAAUUAAAUUAACUAAAGAAUUCUCUUUGAGCAUAUAGUUUAUGAUGAAGGUCUUCCAUUUGUAAUAAUCUUCCGAACCGAAAGAAAAAUACAGAGCCGAUUCCCGAUUACAUAUUUCAGACAUUGCAGAAUAAAAUCAAAAUAAAUUUUGGGAAUUGUGCCCCUGGGCUGGAAAAAAAGAAAGAAUAUAACUAUGGAAACUAUCUAAAAUCUUGUCCCAACCUUCCCCAGCAAAUGCGGCAUUUGGGCAACUUAUUGAGCAGCCCUCGUAGCUUCUAGUUAAAGCAACCACAUCACAAAGGAAACCCAUUUUGUUAGGCGUUUACUUUUAGGUAGGCAAAUGCUCCAUGCAACAAGAAUUUAAUACAAAUAUAAAGGAUUACGAUUUGGAAUACAUUAUAUGAAUAAAUAUAUAUACAUAACAUUAUGUUAAAUAUAAAGAGAAUAUACCUAUGGUUAAGCUUAAGUUGUUGGCGUAUCCAAAAACCGAAUUGAAAAGCUUUAAAACAGUUCAAACAACCGCGAGCAACGAAUCGCAGGUGGCAAUUUUCCAGGUGGCGAUGACAGCCUGGAUAAUGCGUAUGUCUACAUUUUGUUAGCCUGGUAUGUGAUUAUGCUGUUCGUUGUGUUUUUUUUAUUUAAGUUUUGAUAGUUUAGAUCAUCUUUUGUAAACCAAAGUUAUAUUUAUAAGUACCAGAGGAGCGAGAAGUAGUAAAGGGAGAAGCUAACAAACAUCAACUAUGCGUAAACCAAGCAAGUUUGUAGUAUUAAAUUAAAAAACAAAAGCAAAAAAGUGACACAAGUAUAUGUAUCUAAUAAGAACGUAACCCACCAUAGUUCAACUACUAAGAACAAAACUUUUGUAACUGUUGAUUAAAACUUUGUAAAAAACAAAACACAAGUGAACGAUAUAAAACGUAAAGAACUUAAGAUACAAUUGCAAGUUUAUCGAACAAAUGACAAAAGCAAUAGCAAUUCAGGCACGCGUCACACCCAAGCGAGGGCAGUCGAUGGCCAAGAGAGAGAAAGAGAAAGAGAGAGAGAGGUAGGGAGAAACUAUCGCAAAUCUGAAAUAUCUCUAUAAACUUGAGUAUUUGACUUUGGCGAAAGUUUUGCUUGGCAGCUAAUAGAGAACCAACAAAGAGACCUGCGAAACAGACAACGUUACAUAGAUCAUGUUAGAGCCAUAGUUAGAAACAUAUAACAAAAAGGUUGUGCCGUUUAGGAAAGCAUCAAAGCAUAUAUCGUAAAACGAGCUUGUCAAUCAAAUGGCUGAGGGGUUUUCUUAUGGGUUUCAGUGAGAUUUAGCAGAGAGUACACCAUCGACUGCCCCAUUUGGGUUCCUCACGAAGAACUUAAUUUAACAAGAACCUGUUCCGAAUGCACCAACAAUAUAAGAAUCUGCAUACAUAUAAGCACACUCACACACAUACAUAUAUAAAAAUAUAUAUGUAUUAUUGAAGCAUAUGAGAAAUAAAAUACAUAAAAUAGCUUAAGCGAAAGACAAGCACAAAGUAAAUAUAUACGUUACAUAAUGUGAGAAGCGCAAUGAACAAAAGCAAAACCAAAUCCUUUUUAUCAAUUUGUAGUUAACUAAAACAAGAUACAACAAACUGGAUAACCCCAACGGUGAGGUAUCCGCAGCUGAAAUCAAAGCAACAUUUGUAGUCUCAAUGGCACCACUCAAGUAUAUACAUAUACACAAAUUAUACUAUAUGUAUGCAUAAGAUAUAUAUAUAUAUGUUAAAGUAAAUAAACUUAAAGGCAAACCAACCAAAUGAAAUACCAAAUAACAACAAAUCCAAAAGACAUGAUUUACAACCACGCACACAUCCAAAUGAAGCAUGCAGAAACGAUACAUAUAACUACCCAAACAAGCCCCUAAUAAUUAUAUCGAAUCACAAAUUGUCGGAAUCUGUGGAAUGGUUCCAAAAACAAAAAAACCAAAAAAAAAUAAAAAGUAUUAUGCAACCAGCGUAUUUAUAUGAAAUGAGAUUUAAUUGCAUACAAUCUAAUUGUUUGGAAACAUACUACGAUAUAUGAAAUAACAAAUAAUUAAAUUUAAAAAAAAAUACAUAUAUGAAUUAAAGCUAACAAUAAAAAAAAAAGUGAACAAAAAUAACUUGAAAACUGUAUUCUUAUAUUAAAUUUCUGUUACAACAAAAUUUUGUGAGUAAAGUCCCGGUCUUAAAAAUGGA